ACAGUUGCUGGUUUGCGGUCAGUUGACACGGCAUCAUGGAGAGAGGAGUGUUUCUGUUUGGGGCCCUUUUUUCCGUCUCCCUCAUUUCACACGCCGAGGGCAUCAUUGGUGGCAGAGAGGCGGCGCCGCACUCUCGGCCUUACAUGGCCUCCAUCCAGGUCCCAGAGGGAGACGCUCUGAAGCACGAAUGUGGAGGUUUUGUUGUUGCAGAUCAGUGGGUGAUGACAGCCGUGCACUGUAUGCCGAACGGGCCAAACGGGAGGAAGGUGGUGCUGGGUCUUCACUCUUUGAGUCAGCCAGAAGAAACAAAGCAAACCUUUGACAUUUUGGAACUUCACAAUCAUCCCAACUACAACCCAGCUAAUUAUGAUAAUGACAUUUCUUUGAUUAAGUUGGAUCGCCCGUUCAACGCCUCUGAAGCCGUCAAAGCCGUGGGGUUCCUGCGAGCCGGCGGCACAAACCCUGAAGCCGGUGCAGAGGUUGAGACUGCCGGCUGGGGAUCCCAGAACAACUUGGAGUCCAGACCAGACAAGCUGAGGGAGGUGGUGGUCAAUGUGGUGCGCCCGACUCGAUGCUCACGCAGUGACUACUUUGGUUCAAAGUUUACCAGCAACAUGAUGUGUGCAAAUAAAGUUUGCAAAGAGCCCUGCGACCAACCCGAUAAUGUUCAGGACAGCUGUGAUGGAGACUCUGGAGGGCCUCUGCUCUACAACAACAUUGCAGUGGGCAUCACCUCCAAUGGAGGGAAGAAGUGUGGCCAAGUCAGAAAGCCUGGAAUAUACACCAUCAUCUCACUCUACACUGAGUGGAUAGACGGCAUCAUGGCUCCACAGCCUCCAGAAGCACAAGACCAGAGCAGCUGAAUGCAGGAAACAGCUGUAGUCAGCAGAGGGUUGAUAGUUGGAGCCACAGACCUGCUUUUGCUAAAUAUCUCCACAUCCACCGGCUACAAGCUGCUUCGCUUCGGCUUUGUGUGUGUGGAACUAGCGCACGGCUUAAGAGAAAUAAAUAACCCAAACAGCA